GUGAUAAAGGGAUAAUGUUUCUGAGAUGAGAAGAAAGGGUGUCCAAAGCCUGCAACAUGGGUAGGCUCUGAGAGGCACUCAUUCAUUGAGCAGUCAGAUGCCUGCCAUGGACCAAGCACCUUGCUAGUCAGGACGGACCAGGUUUCUACUCAUUGGAGCUUGCAUUUAGUAGAGAGAUGAAAUUAAAUUUAUAACAGGUGGCAGUAAUUAUUUUGAAAAGGAAAGCAGGGUGAAGGGAUUACAGGGUGACAGUGGGUGCUGUUUUCAGUGUCUACACCCAGGCUUCCCAUGGGCAUCUCAGUCAACUCCAAAGCCAAGAAUGGCCACCAUCAGUGACUCCUUGGAAUCCUUUGAUCAGGGAAUCUAAGGAUUUGGCUUUUCUUCUCCCCAGUGCUGAGGUCUGGACUCUUAACAGGGAGAGGUCAGAUCUCCAGCCUGCGACUGAGGCUUGGAGACUGGAGCAGUAGUUCUAAACUAUGGCCUUGCAUAUAAUUUAGAAAUCUUAAAAGAUAAAAAUAAGACAUGCCUGGACUCCAUCCCCAGAGAUUCUGACUUAAUGGUUCUGGCAAGGGGCCCAGCCAUCAGUAGUUAUUAAAAAGCUCCCAAGAGAUUCCUGUGUACAAACAGGGUUGAGAGCUACAGCUGUGAGAGUUUGUGGGCUUCUCUGGGGCUUCUCAGAAUGAAAGAAAUUAAUUCUGAGUGCUUUCAAUAUCUUAUCAAAGGCAGUCCCUACAGCUGCACUUCCCUGCAAUAGGGACGUUCCUAGCCCCAUCCUACAAGUGAGGAAAUCAAAUCUGUACCUGUGCCAGCAGAGCAAGGGCAGGUCUGGCAUUCAGAUGCAAAGCUUAUGUUUUCUGCUAUAGCUGGGCUUGGGUCUUUGGAGAAAGUACCUUUCUAUAUCCCCGGCCUCUGGGGCUGGCAGGUUCAGGAUAGAGGUGAUCUUAAAAUACUAGAUGGGUGGUAUAGCAAAAACAAACUCUGGCUGAACGGAAGCAAUGUGUGGGUGCAUUAAUGGCUGGCUUUCAGUUAUGUCAGGUCCCACCCCAACUCAACACCCAGCACAGGCCCCCAGGAUCACAGGGGUGCUGUGCCCCAAGGGGAGGCGUGGCCACUGUCCAGUAACUCUUUAUUUUAAUUUAUUUAUUAUUAUUAUUUUUUGGCUGCAUUGGGUCUUUGUUGCUGCACGCGGGCUUUCUCUAGCUGCGGCGAUCGGGGGCCACUCUUCCUUGUGGUGCAUGGGCCCCUCAUCACUGUGGCCUCUCCUGUUGUGGAGCACCGGGCUCCAGGUGUGAGGACCUCAGCAGCUGUAGCAGCGGGCUCUAGAGCGCAGGCUCAGCAGUUGUGGCACACGGGCCCAGUUGCUCCACGGCAUGUGGGAUCCUCCUGGACCAGGGCACAAACCCGUGUCCCCUGCACUGGCAGGCGGAUUCCUAACCAUUGUGCCACCAGGGAAGUCCCUCCAGUAACUCUUUAAGCUUGUUCUCAUCCAGGUUCUAGCCAUCCCUACCUUAGGAGCAGGAAUUUAGCCUUGUGCUAAAUUGCAAAGCCCCUUCCCACCCUAAGGUAUGGGACUCUGGAAGAGAGGCCAGGUUUAUAGCGCUGCCCUGACGUGGUGUGGGAUCCAGCCUCUUUAUUUGUGGUGGUGAUGGUGUUUUGAAAAGCCCUGUGGAGUCAUCAUUGUUAUUUGCCUCAUUUGACUGUUGAGGAAGCUCAGGCCCAAAGAGGACAGGGAGCAUGUCUGAGGUCACACAGGUAGUGGGUGGCAGAGUUGGAAGCUGAACCCAGACAGCCUGGCUCCAGAUGGAUGCCCUUCACUGUAGGACUGUACUGCCUCUUCCUACAAACCCUGUCAUUUUACACACAUACGAGAACGUCUGAAGACAAAUACCAGAAAUGAGGUUACUGGGUUAAAGGGUAUGUGCACCUUCAGCCUUAAAGAUAUUGUUGGGCUUCCCUGGUGGCGCCAUGGUUGAGAGUCCGCCUGCCGAUGCAGGGGACGCGGGUUCGUGCUCUGGUCCGGGAAGAUCCCACAUGCCGCGGAGCAGCUGGGCCCGUGAGCCAUGGCCGCUGAGCCUGCGCAUCCGGAGCCUAUGCUCCGCAACGGGAGAGGCCACAACAGUGAGAGGCCCGCGUACCGCAAAAAAAAAAAAAAAAAAAAAAGAUACUGUUAAUUUCUCUCCAACCAGCACUGUGUGAGAAUUCUUACUUCGGCCCUCUUAGUGUCAGGCUUCCUUGAUGAUGCGUGGUGUAUACUGAAUUAAAAAGGAAAAGAAAGGCAAGAAAUAACCGUGUGGCUGUUGCUGAAGAUAUCUCAUGUAAACUUUUAACAGCUAAGGGUGAAGCAGGUUUUGUUUACCCCAUUGCACAGCAGUGCUGAGUCCCUUGGAGAAAAUUAUUUUGUGGACAAGAAUCGUGCUCCUUCAACUUGGGGUGUGCGUCAAGGGCAAACAGCCAUGAGAAACCACAGGAUGGAUGCGUUGCCACUUCCUGGAGCAAUCCAUUUUACUUGAGGAAUCAGAAGAGAAGAAUCUGCCCCACCUUCUCAGCACUCUGCCCCUCUCCAAAUUGAAACCCUCAAGGGGGAGGAAAGGAUGCCUGCUGCACGCAGGAAAUCCAAGUCCAAGGCACCAGUCACAUUUGGGGAUUUGGCCAUCUACUUCUCCCAGGAGGAGUGGGAAUGGCUGAGCCCCAUUCAGAAGGAUCUGUAUGAAGAUGUCAUGUUGGAAAACUACCAGAACUUGGUUUCUCUCGGACUUUCCUUUCGGAGGCCAAAUGUGAUCACCUUAUUGGAAAAAGGGAAAGCACCCUGGAUGGUGGAGCCAGUGAAAAGACGCCGGGGCUUGGACUUAGGGUCUAAAUGUGAGACCAAGAAGUUAUCUCCAUAUCAGUGCAACAAAUCUGGGCAAAGCAUCUAUCAGAAAGCAGUUUCUGCACCACAAAAAGUUCCCACAGGAAAGAGAGGCUGCAAGAAAAAUUCAGUCCUAAUAAAACCCAAGAAAGUGCAUUCAAAGAAGAAAUCUCUAAAAUGUAACGACUGUGGGAAAUUCUUUAGUCAAAGCUUAUCUCUUAAACUUCAUCAGAACUCUCAUACUAGAGAGAAGCCUUAUGAAUGCAGUAAUUGUAGAAAAGCUUUCAGACAGAUCUCAUCCCUUAUUCUUCAUCAGAAAAUUCACAAUGGAAGGAAAAGCUAUGAAUGUGAUAAAUGUGGGGAAAGCUUCAUUCAAAGAACAACCCUUAUUUUACAUGGGAGAAGUCACGAUGAAAAGGAAAUCUUUGACUGUGGGAAGGCCUUGAGUCAAUGCCAAUCUCUCAGUAUACAUCAGAAAAUCCACCUUGUCCAAAAUGUCUACCAGUGCAGAAAAUGUGAGAAAGGCUUCAUUCGAAUGUCAUCUUUUUUACUUCAUAAGAAAAUUCACAAUGGAAAGAAAAUACAUAAAUGCAAUGAAUGUGGGAGAGGCUUCAGUAAGAAAUCAGUCCUUGUUAUACAUAAAAGAAUUCAUACUGGAGAGAAAACCCAUGAAAGUGAGAAGGCCUUAAGUCAGAGUUUACAGCAGCGAAGUCACCAUGUAGAGAAUCCUUAUAAAUGCAGAAAAUGUGGGAAAUUCUUUAAUAGGAUUUCAUCCAUUAUGCUUCAUCAGAGAAUUCACGCUUCAAAGAAACCCUACAAAUGUGAUAAAUGUGAGAAGAUAUUCAUGCGGCUUUCAACCUUUACUCUACAUGUAAGAAUUCAUAAUAGAGAGAAACUAUACAGAUGUAAUAAAUGUGAGAAGGUCUGCAACCGGCAUUCAUCCCUUAUUCAACAUCAGAAAGUUCAUACAAAGAAAAAGAAACUGUUUGAAUGUAAGGAAUGCGGGAAGAUGUUUUCUGGAAUUGCCAACCUUAAAAUACAUCAAAACAUUCAUUCUGAAGAGAAACCUUUCAAAUGCAAUAAAUGUAGUAAAGUUUUUGGCCGCCAAUCAUUUCUUAUUGAACAUCAGAGGAUCCAUACUGGAGAAAAACCCUAUCAAUGUGAGGAAUGUGGGAAAGCCUUCAGUCACCGAAUAUCUCUUACUCGACAUAAGAGAAUUCAUACUGAAGAUAGACCCUAUGAAUGUGAUCAGUGUGGGAAGGCCUUCAGUCAGAGUGCACACCUCGCCCAACAUGAAAGAAUUCACACUGGAGAGAAACCAUAUACAUGCAAAACGUGUGGGAAGGCCUUUAGCCAGCGUACAUCCCUUAUUCUACAUGAAAGAAGUCAUACUGGAGAGAAACCCUAUGAAUGUAACGAAUGUGGGAAGGCAUUUAGCAGUGGCUCAGAUCUUAUUCGGCAUCAGAGAAGUCAUUCUUCAGAGAAACCCUAUGAGUGCAGUAAAUGUGGGAAGGCAUAUAGUCGGAGCUCAUCCUUGAUUCGACAUCAGAAUACACAUUCUGAGGAAAAGGCUUAAGAUUGUUUUAAAUAUGUAAAAGCUAAGAGGGAGGCUAGCAAAGUAGCAGAGACACAGGCAUGGGAAAAUGCAUUUGUCUAUAACAUAAAUUGUGUAAAAAUGGGACAGUUUGAUGGUGUGUACCACUUUGAAACCCAAAGAGCAAAAGUCAUUGGUGAUUUUGACCUGAGUAUUUGAAAUCAACUGAGGCAGUGACUUUAUCAUAGGUCUUUGUUUCAAAAUAGCAAGCUCAGAUGAUUGGAUCAGUCAUUUUUAAUGAAGAGCAUUCUUCAUUUGAUAAAAAUAACUGGUACUUUAUUUCCAAUGUAAUUUUAAAGCUAUUUCAUUGGUUAUGUACAACAAAGUGAAUUGUAAAUCCAUUUUUCUGGAUGGAGCUGUGAGCCUGAUUUAAGGUCACAUGAAGGAAGAGUUUGAGUUUGUCCCUUAGAACUAGAAGUAUCACACAGAAGGGAUUUCCUCACAAACCAGGGUGCCAUUUUCAGCUGGCAGAAACUUCUGGUUGAGAAUAAAGAAGAUUGAGUAAAGAUAGCACUCAUAAUUGUGUGAAGCAAUAGAGUCAUUACCAUACUGUCUCUAUGGAUAUGAAGACAUAUGAUCUUAAUGGUGUGAAAAAUCUAACAAGCCUGGGAUAAGCUAAUGAGGAAAAAAAACCAGGAUGUAUUGAAGAAUGAGGAACUUCAGAACAAGGAGAAAUCAUUUGUUAUUGUUUUGUUUGAAAAUGAAUUUAUAUUUAUAUCAAUAAACAUUGGUAUUUUCAUGUGAAAA